AUGGCUUUCAUCUCCCUUAUCGUUAUUGUGGCCGUGGUGGUCGUUGUGGCUAUUGCAACCCGCGUUGGCUCAUCYAGGAGGUCCAAAGCAUCCCUGGGGAAAAGACUUCCAGGUCCUAAAGGACUACCUAUCAUCGGCAGUAUACACCAGCUUCCCACGAAGUGCACCUGGAUGAAAUUCCACGAAUGGGGCGAACAAUAUGGCCCGAUAUAUCAAGUCAAUCUCGCUGGACACAACCACAUCUUCCUCUGCCGUGAUGAGAUUGCCCACGACUUACUGUCAAAGCGAAGCAGCAUCUAUUCCGACAGGCCGUUCAUCCCCGGGUUGGAGCAGGACAAUCGUACCAGCGGUCAGUAUCUACCGUUGAUGAGCCACAACUUAUUAUGGUCGCGUCAGCGUAGAUUCGCCAAGCAAAUCAUGGACAAGUCCAACAGCGAAUCUUUCUACGCCUAUCCAGAACUCGAAUCGAUACGACUCCUAUUCGAGCUCAUGGCCGACCCGGCGAAGUACAACGUUGCUCUUGAGUCAUUCGUGGCCCGUGUGACAUGUCGGCUCGCGUGGGGUACAUCGGCUCCCGCAGAUGAACUGAAGCAGCGUGCUCGUGAGCUGCUGAUUGGCGUCUCGCCCGCUGGAGCUUUGGGAAACAGGCUUCCGGCUGUGAUGUCGUUGCCGGAAUGGAUAAGCCCAGCCAAGGCCUGGGAAGCGCGCCGCAACCGCACCGAGAAGUCCUUCUUCGAGACCAUGCAGGCAGAGGUCAAAGCAACCAUGGCUAAUACCUCUUCAUCAACAAAAGCAAGCUCUACCCAGUCCUGGACGAGGAUGUUCUUGGAGAACCAAUCGCUCUGGGGCUUCUCCUCACCUCUAGAAGGGGCAUAUGCAGUUGGCAUGCACGGCAUUGCAGGCGCUCUCACGAUUGCCGCACCAAUGCAAAGCUUUUGUUUGGCCUUGUGCCACUACCCACAGUAUCAGCCGGUCCUUCACGAGGAAAUCGAACGCGUGUUAGGCGACCGGAUGCCUUUGCUGAGUGAUAUGCCAGAUAUGCCAGUUCUCCGCGCAUUCAUCAGAGAAACUUUGCGUUGGCGCCCGGCUGUACCGACAGGGAUUCCCCACACAGUCAUCAAAGAUGACAACUAUAAUGGCUACCACAUCCCUGCCGGCUCGACUAUGCAUGCAUUCGAAUGGUCCAUCUCGCGAGACCCUGAUGUAUUCAUCGAUCCUGACGCAUUCAAUCCCCUACGAUGGCUCGAUGCCAAAUUUCCGACCUUUCGUGAGCCUUUAACCAAGCACCCGACGAUCACAAAUUACUCUCAGUUCGGGUACGGCCGACGAACAUGUCAAGGCAUGCACGUUACCGACGCCGACCUUUUCGUUGGCUUGGGUAGCGUCGCGUGGCUGUUUUCCAUCCACGCCGAUCCAGGCACGGUUGUCACAGAAAGCACGUCCAUUGAGACAUCCGUUCAAGACUACAUGAGUAGUGUUACAAGCCAAUUCUGCGAUGAAUCUGGCCAAUCCUCGGCUGGUAGCUUCAGCUCUGACGAUGGUCAAUUCGUGUCCGUGCGCCGACAAAUGCGCGAUUCGCUGACGAGCUUCUUCAACGAUUCCGCCAUAAGCAUCCCCGGCGAGUAUCCGAAAGACGAAGAAUACGAAUCGAUUGAUUCAGUGCUCACGUGGACCGAAAAUGCACUUUCUGCUCCAUCGGGCGCGUCUGCUGGAWUGCCGAAUGUGAUCGACGACAGCUCACCGAUCGUGUUGAGCACACCAAUCUCGCAGGAGCCAUCAAGACUUCCAGGAAUCGCUGAAGAAGCAAGAGAGAUGACAAAGGCUAUCGAUGGAAUGCCAGGUUCCUACGACUUACAGCAGCAGGCAGCAUGUCCACAGGUUCUGACAACGCCGAUCGAGGGCUCAAAAUCCUACGAGAAUGACCCAACCAUGAAUUUCUCGACGCUGCUGAUUGCAAAGCCUAUGCCGUUCAAGUUCCAGCUUCGCAUCCGCAACCGGGAGCGUGCUGAAUACGUCGCCCAGGAAUGGAUCAAGAAUGAUAUGAAGGGAGAAUUCCAGAAGUCGAAAGUUUAUUGGAGGAACGGAACGGCAGGAGAUGCCCAGUGUGGCUGGGGAGACGUGUUUGCGUAA